ACAGCGGCGGACGGCGGCGGCAUGCGGCUUCUCCCUUUGCCCAUCGUGGGCUGAGACGGCCGCAGCACGGGCGGGAGGCGCGGCGGCCGGUGAGCCGAGGGCGCAGCCAGCCGGGCAGACCGCGGACAGCGGUCGGGGCUCCGCGCCAUGGGCCGAGCCGAGGGCGGGGGCCCGGGCCGGGGGCCACCGCCGCUGCUGCUGCUUCUGGGGGUUACGCUGGUCCUCGCCUCUGGGGCCGCGCCAGUGCCUGAGGCGGGCAGCGCCGUCGAGGCAGACACGCCGGUGAAGAGCGUCCCGGCGUGGGAGCCGCGUGCUAACGACACGCGGGAGAAGGCCGGCCCACCAGCAGCUGGGAAAGAUGAGACUUCUCGGAUUGCGCCCGGCGGCGAGCAGGCCUUGGUGGGCCCUGGGGUCGGGGCUGAGGAGGCGCUGGAGGCGUCGGCGGCGGUGACAAGCACAGCCUGGCUGGAGGCCGAGAGCCCAGGCCUGGGCGGAGUGACCGCAGAGGCGGGCAGCGGCGACACCCAGGCCCUUCCAGCCACGCUCCCGACUCCCGACGAAGCCCUUGGGACGUCCUCGACGUCCGCAGCCACCUUCGAGGCUAAGGAGGCCAGUGAACCACCCUCCCCCACCCCUGGCGACAAGCCGAGCCCAGGCGCCGAACUCCCCAAGGAGAGCCCCAUGGAGGUUUGGCUGAACCUGGGAGGCAGCACACCUGACCCUCACGGGCCAGAGCCCACGUACCCCUUUCAGGGCACACUGGAGCCCCACCCAGCGUCAGAUAUAAUUGACAUCGACUACUUCGAAGGAUUGGAUGGUGAGGGCCGUGGCGCCGACCUGGGGAGCUUCCCUGGGUCGCCAGGUACCUCAGAGCACCACCCUGAUCCCGGGGGAGAGACUCCUUCCUGGAGCCUGCUUGACUUAUACGAUGACUUCACUCCCUUUGAUGAGUCUGAUUUCUACCCUACCACAUCCUUCUAUGAUGACUUGGAUGAAGAGGAGGAAGAAGAGGAGGACAAGGAUGCAGUGGGAGGCGGAGACCUGGAAGAUGAAAAUGACCUUCUAGUGCCCACUGAGAAGCCUGGUCAGGGGCCCGGGACAGGCCAGCCCACCAGUCGGUGGCACGCUGUCCCUCCGCAGCAUACUCUGGGGAUGGUCCCCGGCAGCAGCAUCGCCCUCAGGCCCCGCCCAGGAGAGCCAGGCAGGGACCUGGCCCCGAGCGAGAAUGGCACCGUGUGCCGCAGUGGCUUUGUGAGACAUAACGGCUCCUGCCGGUCAGUGUGCGACCUCUUCCCAAGUUACUGUCACAAUGGCGGCCAGUGCUACCUGGUGGAGAACAUUGGGGCCUUCUGCAGGUGCAACACACAGGACUACAUCUGGCACAAGGGGAUGCGCUGCGAGUCCAUCAUCACCGACUUCCAGGUGAUGUGCGUGGCCGUCGGCUCGGCCGCCCUCGUGCUGCUUCUGCUCUUCAUGAUGACGGUGUUCUUCGCCAAGAAGCUCUACCUGCUCAAGACCGAGAACACCAAGCUGCGCAGGACCAACAAAUUCCGGACCCCAUCUGAGCUCCACAACGAUAACUUCUCCCUGUCCACCAUUGCCGAGGGCUCUCACCCAAACGAUGAUUCUAGUGCUCCCCACAAAAUCCAGGAAGCUCUCAAGUCCUGCCUGAAAGAGGAGGAGCCAUUUAACAUCCAGAACUCCAUGUCCCCCAAACUCGAGGGUGGCAAGGGUGACCAGGCUGACCUGGAGGUGAACUGUCUUCAGAACAACUUAACCUGAAGCCGAGCAAGAGAGGAAAUGGGGGGUGGGGGGCGGGGGAAGAAGCAUUAUCUCCUCUUGUACAGAUUCUAUUUCUUGUAACCAUUUGUUAAACUCCUUUCUUCUUCUGAUUUCAUGGCAUGCCUUGGUGUAUUUUGUACAGGAGGGAAAAAACACACCAUAAGCAAAGAACCCGAAGAGAAUUACAAUACAUUGGAUUGUUCUGUCUGUGCUGUCUGUACAUUGCUUCUGCUGCUGUGAUUUCUAAACCUAUGCUAUUAUUCAACUGACUUUUUUUUUGUACUUUGACCCACCUUUUUUUGAAAUACCGGUAAAAAAAAAAAAACAAAGUUCUUGAAAUAAAACUUUUUAAAAAGCCA